CCGAGUCUAGCGGGCUACCCGGCCCAUUGCCACUCUUACAUAUGAUAGCCCAUGCUUUUCUAGGUUCUUCUUUUCACAGCGCGCGCUCUCUUUCUCCUAUCUUGCAAUUCACCAAGCCAUCGUUGUACGGUCGGCCUCCAUUUCUUUUCUGUUACAAAGGCAUCUGAGGAACCAGGACCACUUACAGCAUGGCCAAGCACCAUCCUGAUCUUAUCAUGUGCCGAAAGCAACCAGGAAUUGCCAUUGGGCGUUUGUGCGAGAAGUGUGAUGGGAAAUGUGUGGUCUGCGAUUCAUAUGUGCGGCCUUGCACACUUGUGCGCGUCUGUGAUGAAUGCAAUUAUGGCUCCUUCCAGAGCAGGUGUGUCAUCUGUGGAGGGUUGGGGAUUUCUGAUGCAUACUACUGCAAGGAGUGCACACAGCAGGAGAAAGACAGGGAUGGUUGUCCAAAGAUUGUCAAUCUUGGGAGCGCUAAGACUGAUCUCUUCUACGAGCGUAAGAAGUAUGGUUUCAAGAAAAGAUGAAGUAAAAGAGAUUCUGGCUACUUUUCCCUCAUCUUUCUUUUUCUUCUUUUUACUUGUAGAGAGUCAUGUUCAUUGCACCUGAGGAAACCAUAGAGUUACAAUCCAUGCCCCCUACAGUAAUUAGUUAUUUUGAAUUACAUUUUGAGCUGCGCAGAAACAAAACUUCCAGCUGGUUUGGGAACUAAAUCUCAUCAUCCUCUAUAUUACUUAA